CCGCGGGGGCCGCCGGGAGCCGCGUGCGGCCGCGGCCCGUCCCGGCAGCCCCCGCGGCCCGUCCCGCCCGGCCCGGCCCGUGGCGGCGCGGGGAGAUGGCGGCGGCGGGCGCGGAGGAGCGGUGGGGCGCGGCGGGCUCCGAGCGCGGCCCCGGCCCCGGCCCCGGCCCGCUGGGCUCGCUGCUGAGCCGGCUGCCGCUGGCACCGUCCCCGCGGCGGCGGACCGCCAGCCAGUGCAAGCCGGAGCCGCCGCUGCUGCGCACCAGUAAGCGGACCAUCUACACGGCCGGGCGGCCGCCCUGGUACAGCGAGACCGGCGCGCCCGUGGACGAGGCCUUCGUCAUCGGCCUGUGCGGCGGCAGCGCCUCGGGCAAGACGACGGUGGCGACGCGGAUCAUAGAGGCGCUGGACGUGCCCUGGGUUGUGCUGCUCUCCAUGGACUCCUUCUACAAGGUGCUGGACGAGGGGCAGCAGGCGCUGGCAGCCCGCAGCGACUACAAUUUCGACCACCCUGACGCCUUUGACUUCGAGCUGCUCGUCAGCGUCCUCCGCAAGCUCAAGAAGGGCAAGAGCGUGAAGGUGCCGGUCUACGACUUCACCACGCACAGCCGCCGCCGCGAGUGGAAAACAGUGUACGGGGCCAACGUCAUUGUGUUUGAAGGGAUACUGGCUUUUGCGAACAAGGAGUUGCUGAAGCUCCUGGACAUGAAAGUGUUUGUGGAUACGGACUCUGACAUCCGGCUGGUGCGGCGGCUCCAACGCGACAUCAUGGAACGUGGGCGCGACAUCGUGGGUGUCAUCAAGCAAUAUAACAAGUUCGUGAAGCCAGCCUUCGAGCAGUACAUCGAGCCCACCGUGCAGGUUGCCGACAUCGUGGUGCCCAGGGGUGGGGAGAACUUUGUGGCCCUGGACCUCAUUGUGCAGCACGUGCACAGCCAGCUGGAGAAGCGCGAGAUCACUGUCAGGGCAGCUCUGGCUUCUGCCCACCAAGGGCAGCCCCUGCCGAAGACGCUGAGCGUCCUGGAGAACACGCCGCAGGUGCGAGGCAUGCACACCAUCAUCAGGAACAAGGACACAACCAGGGAUGAAUUCAUCUUCUAUUCCAAGCGCCUGAUGAGGCUCUUGAUUGAACAUGCCCUCUCCUUCCUGCCGCUAAAGUCGGUCACUGUGGAGACACCGCAGGGGACGACGUAUGAAGGGAAGCGGUUCCACAGACAGAGGAUCACUGGCGUGUCCAUCCUGCGAGCAGGGGAGACCAUGGAGCAGGCCCUCACUGCUGUGUGCAAGGACAUCCGCCUGGGCAAGAUCCUGAUCCAGACCAACCACGACACGGGGGAGCCCGAGCUCCACUACCUGCGCCUUCCCAAGGAGAUCAGCGAGGACUACGUCAUCCUCAUGGACAGCACCGUGUCCACCGGAGCUGCGGCCAUGAUGGCAGUUCGUGUCCUGCUGGAUCACGACGUCCAGGAGGACAGGAUCUUCCUGCUGUCGCUGCUGAUGGCGGAGAUGGGGGUGCACUCCGUGGCCUACGCCUUUCCCCGCGUCCGCAUCAUCACCACUGCUGUGGACAAGAGGAUCAACGAGGAGUUCCACAUCAUCCCGGGCAUCGGUAACUUUGGGGACAGAUACUUCGGCACCGACGGCCCCUCUGCCUGGUGUGAGAGCGACGGCAUGGACUGCUGAGCUGGCUGGCCACGGGGCCGCCAGCCGAGCUGGCCAUGGGGCCGGCCCCCCGCCUCUGCCCCCAGGAGGGGCUCCGAGCUGCCAGCCUCUUCCCACCCGCCUGCAGCACGGCCCAGCCAUGCCGCAGGACGAGCUCCUUGCUGCGAGCCCCUCGCUGCCAGCCUCUCCCCGGGAGCGGCCCCUUGCAGGGUCCAUCCUCCCACCAGGGAGGGAGGGCGGGAGCAAUGGCAUCUCCUGCAGUUUGGGGGGACACGGGGUGUCCCACACCCCCCGAGACCUGCCUCCAUGCCCCCGGCCAGCUGUGCGUGCGGGAGGGAGGGGUGGUCUCCCCGCAGCCUGUGCCCCAGGGGCCGGCCCCCCUCUGCCCUGGGGAGGAGGGGGACGGGGUCUGCUUCCCUCGAGGCUCCUCGGGUGCCAGGCAGGCUCCCUUGCUGGAAUCUGUAUUUAUUUGUAUUUAUUUUGAGCAGCUGCCCACCUGGCUCUCUGCGGGGCAGGCUGGCUACUUGAAAACCAUCAGGGAUUGGGGAAUCUCCUCAAGGGACCGCCUUGUCCCCACCGAUCUGACACUCCAUCCCCUCCCUGGCCCCAGCCAGGCCCCCCCACGGGCUCUGGCCUGGCCGGCGGCACCAGGAGGGCAGGGGCUGCCUUCGGCCGUGCCAGCAGGAGGGUUGGAUGUUCAAACACUCUCCCGCUGCCAUCCCAGCCCCUGGGCAGCCGGGGCUGUCCAUCGCUGGGGGGGGACCAGCCCAGCCCCCCCCCGGCAUCCCAGGGGCAGUGAGGGUGGCCGGCUGUGCCACGGGGCCGUGGUCUGCCCGGCCACUGCUGCCCUUGUUGCUCAGGUUCUUCUUUGAAAGGGCAGCGGCGGCCUUGCUCCGGAGCAGGGCCUGGCUGCCCGCGGGUCCGGGACCUGGUCUGUGCCCCCCACCCUUGCUGGCUGAAGAGGCUCCCCUGUGCCCCCAGCCCCGGGCCGCUGCCCCCUCCCCGCUGCCCUGGCUGCCUUCAUUUUGUACCCCAAUAAAGGAGCAGCAUGACCCCCGGCCCCCGCCU